UCGCUGGUGUGCCUUUGAGAGACUCAAUUGACUUGACCGGACUCGAACUCGACCAACCGCCGCGUCGAGCAGCGACUGCUUCCCAUUCCGAUUGAGUCGGCUCCCAUGGCGGCUCCACUGCCUCGCGCCCCCGUCUCCUCCCCAGCGAGCCGCGCCGCCCUAUGUCCAGCCCGCUCCAACCCUUGCACGGCCGCGGCGCCAUCCUCGGGGGCCCUCGGGUGGCGGCGCAGGCAGCCUUGCCCGGUGCUCUCCAUUGCGCCGGGCUCCGCCCGGUCGACGCCAGCAGCCCUCGCCGUCGAUCCCAAGGUUGAAGCGUUACUAGACAGUGUGAAGUGGGACGUCAAAGGGCUGGCAGUUGCUAUUGCGCAAAAUGUGGAUACUGGAGCCAUUCUUAUGCAGGGCUUUGCUAACAAAGAGGCCCUUGCAGCAACUAUAUCAACCAGAAAAGCUACAUUCUAUAGCCGUUCACGGUCUUCAUUGUGGACUAAAGGGGAGACAUCCAUGAACUUCAUCAAUGUGCAUGACAUAUUCUUGGACUGUGACCGUGAUUCAAUAAUAUACCUUGGUACGCCAGAUGGACCUACAUGCCAUACAGGGGCAGAGACCUGCUACUAUUCUUCAGUCUAUGAUGCACUACAAGGUUCAAAGUCCAAUCAAGAGAGGCAGGUCGCCACAACUCUCUACUCGCUUGAAGAUACGAUCAGUAGGCGGAAGGAGGAGAUAGUUACUGAAGGGAGUGGUAAGCCAUCAUGGACGAAAAAACUACUGCUUGAUAACCAGCUGCUUUGCUCAAAAAUACGAAUAUUUCUCUGUUAACGCUGGUGGCCAUUUGUUUCCGGUAUCUCAGUGAAGAAGCAGGUGAACUAAUUGAAACACUGCUUGAGAAUGAGGACAAAUCUCGUACAGCCUCGGAGAUGGCUGAUUUACUGUACCACGCAAUGGUGCUCCUCAGCGUGAGGGAUGUGAAGAUGGAGGAGGUGCUGGAGGUCCUGAGGAGACGAUUUUCGCAGUCUGGCGUUGAGGAGAAGGCUAGCCGCAAGAAAUCUUAGCAUGAUGGCAUGUAGGUGGAUGGAUGAAUUCCAUGUGAUUGGGCAGGGUGUAGUAUGGAGUAGUCCAGUUCUGCUAUGGUACCACCUGAGAUUUAUGUUUUCUCAUCAUGCUCUCUAAGAAGAAGACUGUGAACUUGUCUUGUGUUUUUUAUUUUACCUUUUCCCUUGCACAGUCGCAGUGGCGUUGUUGCUGCUUUGGCCAAUAAAGCAUAAUAUGAGUCUCUGACCCAUGAUAUAUGUGGGUGAUUUAUAGUAUGGAAACUAUGUUUUGUCGUGCAAAA